UCAAACCCUAUACCACCACACUAGAUAAUACCUACAUCUUACUAAAAUCUCUGGUUUUCUUUACGUUGGCUUUUCUUCUCUUCUUUUAGCUUUACAAAAUGGCCCAAAACCUAAAGAACAUGGCAUAUAGUGGUUUCUGUCUCGUGUGUUUGCUAAUGAUCGUUAACAAAGCCUACGCUAGAGAGUUCACGGUAGGUGGAUCGAAGGGGUGGACCGUACCUUCUGCUGCUCAAGUGUACAGUCAAUGGGCAGAACAGAGCAGAUUCCAAAUCGGUGACUCUUUGUUGUUCGUUUACCAACCAAACCAAGAUUCAGUUCUCCAAGUCACAAGAGACGCUUAUGACAGCUGCAACACAGACUCACCAACCGCUAAAUUCGCUGAUGGCAAAACUUCCUUCACGCUAAACCACUCUGGGCCAUACUAUUUCAUCAGUGGAAACAAAGACAACUGCAAGAAAAACGAGAAGCUUGUGGUCAUCGUCAUGGCUGAUAGAAGCGGUAACAACAACAACACAUCAUCAGCACUGCCGUCACCAGCCCCGGCUCCCUCAGGAGAAUCUGCUCCUUCUCCACCCGUCUCAGGAACAUUUGAGAUGAGCCCAGCACCUAUGCCUACUACGUCUCAAGAAACUCCCAACAAUGCAGCUUCUUCUUCUUCAUCCUUUGCCGCUGCUCUUCUUGGGGCUGCUCUAGCUUCCACUUUGUUCCUACAAUAAGAAGUUUCUCUUUUGUCUUCCCUUUUCAUUCUGUAUGGAGUCUUUUCUCUUUCCCUCUUCAGCCAAGUUUGUGUCAGUUGGUGUCUGUUGUUUGAUUUUUACCCCAUUUGUUUCUCAUGUAAAUGAAUAAAAGUUCUACUUGUGUGUUUUCA